GCUCUGCAGGUCAGGAAACUGUGGUCUUGUGUUGCAUGGUAUCUGCACAGAGCUGCCUGCCGAGAGCGAGCUGGAGAGUGGGAGAGCUUGGAUUGAGAUGCUCGGAAUGCUUGGGAGCCCCUGAUGAGGAGCAGCCUUGUGGUUUAAAAGAGACAAAGUUCUCCGAGUUGGCUGGCAAGGAAGCGGGCAUGGCUGGAUUCCUGUCCUUCACGCUCACCAGCUUCUGAGGUUCUGCAAAAGCUCAGCCCUGCAGCACUCACAGAAGCGGUGCCCCAUGGCUGUGACCCACAGUGAGGGGCUGCUGGGACCCCCACCCCUGGUGGCCCUCGCUGUACUGGCCCUGCUCGGAGGCCUGGUUUACCUGUGCACCCUGUGUGCUGCCUGCCGACGCCACGGCAGGAGAAAGAAGGUCCCUCCAGACGGCGUGAAGCUGGUGGAUGAGUCCCUGCUCAGACAGACACAGCUGCGCUCGCUCAGCAAGUCGGACACGAGGCUCCAUGAGCUGUACCGCCUGAAGGCCAAGGACAUCAACCAGCGCCCGGCCAGCCUGGAUUUCCCCCUCUCCUCACUGCCUCCCGACUCCCCGCACGGCUCCGUCCUCCUGCACCGCCAGCUGCCCCUGAUCCCCAGCUCUGAACCUGCAGCCCCCGACCAGACAUACUCCAACCUGCUCUUCGCCCCACCGCAUCGUGCACCCCCAGACACGGACUACGAGUGCCUGGCAGUGGGGGAGGAUGAUGCACUUACUGCCACUGGGACCCCAGCGUCCCCCCCCCGGGACAGGCAAGGGGCUGCUGACUAUGCCUGCAUCCGGAAGGUGAAGAAGACUUUGCCAGACGAGCAGGAGGGGGCCGUGGUGGGAGCCUCUGCAGCCCCACAGUGCUGGGAAGGUGCAAGCGAUGCGCCCCGUCUGAAGCUGGAAGAUAUGUACUCAACGGUGUGCAAAGCCACCAAGAAGAGGAACCAUGGCCCUGCAGCAUCCCCCAGGGACGGGGGAUCCGGGCGGCCGCCCCCACCCCAUGAAGAGCCUCCCCCAGCUGCCUGCUGGCCCACGGCCCCCCCUGAGCCCUGCUAUGAGGCCAUCAAUGACAGAGCCUGGGCUGUGCGUGGCCCUGAGCCGGACUAUGAGGCUGUGGAUGUUCGCUGGAAGAAGGCAGCAAAACGGGACCGGCCGGGGAAGGCCUCCCAGCAGGACAACCUCUAUGAGAGUGUUGGUGAUAUGUGGGGAGGGGAAUCUCGGGGAGGUUCUGGCUGGACCACUGCCAACGGGCUGCAGGUGUACAUCACCAACCUAUAGCAAUCCCAAUGCGGGCAGGUGGAUGGACGGAUGGACGGACAGACGGAUGGAUGGAUGGAGGUUGGGCACUGCGGCUCUGCCCCACAAGGUGGGGAAGGACACACAGCUGUGCCAAAUGUGAGCUCUGUAUAUAUUUUAAGUUACUUUUCUUUAA